UUGAUAUUUUUUUGUUGCAUUCGGUAAAAUAUUACUCUAACUUGUGCCAGGAAUACUUUCCAUUUUGAAUUUCUGCAAAGGACUGUUUAUAUUCUAAACAGCCAAUCAGAGGCUAAUGUAGAAGAUUUGUCGAUCUGAACUACUUUGCCAACCUGUUUAAGUUAAAUGGGAAAUGGCCUCGAACGAAACAUGUUCAGACUGUGUAACCACAAUCAACAGCUGAACAUGUUCACCUGAAGUAGUUCAGACUCCCGCGUAACCACGCCAUAACUUAAAGUGGCUAUUCAUCACCUUCAAGUGAUAAUUUUCAUGAACACUUUGAGAUUCAUAAAUUCCAACUGUUCUCGGAGCACAUUGUGGGCACCGCUACGAGGACGCCUCGGAGGAAGAAGCGCCUGAAGAGGUGGAGCGUCCUGAACCUGUCGGAGAGCUACGACCAGCUGCGAUGGAGUCUCGCUUCCGUGGAGUCUCUGCCCCAGCUCCGGAACACGAAGGACGAGAUCCUGGCGCUGCUCCGCUAGUUCGUCGAGCUGAGGCGACCCCAUGUCCCUCGAGCCGGCUCCGGAGUGCGGAACCCCUGCAACCAUGGAGUCUGUCAUGGCGACGAUGGAUCCCUGCAUGAUAAUGGGUGGAAAUACAAUGGGACCAUGCAACAAAACCACAACUGCACCGGCCAUGCCAGGAAUGGGCACGACUGCAUCCGCUAUGCCGGGAAUGAACAUGGCGACAAUGGCUGACUACUUCCACUGGGGUUAUAAUGAAACCAUACUCUUCCAGUUUUGGAAAAUAGACUCACUCAUAGGACUCAUCCUGUCAAUGGUAAUCAUAUUCGCUGCUGGGUUUUUGUACGAAGGCCUGAAAACAUUCAGGGACAUCGUUGUACACAAAAGUUUCAUUUCAAGGAAGAAAAAAAAUGGAAACAGAGUCAGGCUGUCCCUGUUCUUCGAGUGGAGGUACGUGCUCCUGUCCGUGCUUCACGGAGUUCUCCUGUCGCUCGGCUACUCCUUCAUGCUGAUAUACAUGACCUUCAACGCGUGGCUGGGGGGAGCCCUCGUUGUCGGAAUGUCUGUCGGCUAUUUCUUCUUCGGGUGGUUAUGCCCCGGGAUGGAAGAAGGCUGUUAGCGGCGCGGAACCGGACUGUUGACUGCUCGGAACAGUGUGUGGUACAACCCAGGGCAACGUGGACAGCACUGAUUUCAGCUUCUUUCAAUAAAAAAAUAAAUAAAAAAAA